AUUCAACCACUCCAAUAAUCUUCAGAUGUUCAAACCUGCUUUUCUCGUCCGCAUCUUCAUAAUCUCUAUUUAUAUAUCAUCCAUCACCAAACCUCUCUAAUUAUUUUUAUAAAAACUUUCAUAAUAUUCGUCUUCUUUAAAUUAUAACCACAACACUUUCUCCUCUUCAUAAUCCUCAUCUCCUCACUUUGUCACUAAAUCAGAAUGAAUCCAUCCGAGCAAAAUCACUUUUCCGUGGAAAAACCUUCACAAACUUCGUCGGGGCCGUACACAAGCCCACCACCGAUUGGUUAUCCGACCAGAGAUGCGAUGGUUGGUGACCCCCCUGCCGCUUCAGUGGAGACGAAGUCCAAGGGCGAUGGUUUUUGGAAAGGAUGUUGUGCUGCCAUAUGCUGCUGUUGUGUCCUGGAUGCAUGUUUCUGAGACUUCGGAGUUAACGAUUUCAUGCAAAUUAUUGCUGUAAUAAAAUAGUAUUUGAUGCUAGUUAUGUUACCUACUCUCUGUUUGGAAUAUACUAUGUGGAUGGUUGUUAUUUGUUGUUAUGUUUUAUUAUUGUAAGUGAUUAUAUAUAUUCCAUUGAAUUGGUUUGUUGAAUA